UAGAAGAGGACUUGAGACUAACGACACACCAAAAUUCUACUUAUCAUUGUAUUAAUAAGUGGUACACUCUCUUUAAAGAGUAGUUGAAACUUGAUCUAUCUAGAAUUUUUAAAACAGGAUUAUCCUCGUAUGGGCAGAGGGGGAGAGAAGCGUCGAGGUGCAGACACUCUGAAAAACCCCAAUUUUGAUAACACAUGGCUUAAUGCUCUUUUGGAGAGUGAUUUAAGUUUCAGGGCUGAAUGGAAUUCAAACAAUGUAGUUUCUUCCAUACCUCUUCAAAAUGAAGAAAUCACUUCAAUCGCCCCUUCUACAAAUCACUUGGCACAUGAUAGCAUUGGUGGUUCACAAUCUCCCCUUCCCAUUGCUGAAACACAAGGAAUAGAACCUCCCAAACAAAGGGAGGAAGAAAGAAAUGAAGAUGAACGAAUGGUUAUUGUCCCCGGGGAUUUUUCAGUGAAUAAAACUAUUCGUGAAGAAGUCAAGCGCAUCAACAAAAGGUUGUUAGAUGGAAAGGCCACUAGAUUCUUAGGCCUCCAAAAUGCUCGAGAUAUAUAUUGGGAACAACUUAAGCAACGUUUUAGAUGGGCUCCUGAGCAUCACUCUAAAGUUUGGAAGAAAGUGGAAAAAAAAAUCCAGAGCGGGUUCGACAAAUCAGAGAGGCUUACUAAUGAUGAAGAAAUUUAUCGAAUUUUGGAAGACUAUUGUAAAAUUCUGUGUGCAAAAAAAGGAGAAGAUCGGAGUCUGAUUAGAAGGAGACACCCAUUUCACUUUGAGGAGCUAAGAUACUGAAGGUAUUAUAUAUUGAUGGUGUUGCAGCUCGUUUUACUACCUUGGACUAGGCAAUAGGUUGUGCUAUUGAGAUGCUUGCAAUUUGGACUAAGCAAAUUGUUUUUGUUGGUUUGAACCACUUUGUCAAUUCGAUUAUGCACUCUUGUUGGUUUCUUAAUUUUGUUGAUGGAAACACAUAUUCUCUAAUGUUUUUUAUUUCUAAUUGAAGAAAUGAAUGUGUGUAUG